CCCAAAGGAAGCUAAUUGGGUUUAAGCUCGGAACCGGUUAUCUUCCACUGGUUCGGUAGGAUCAGAUUCCAUUAAAACAAUUGAACUUAACCGGCCGUUGAAAGUUGGGUUUGCUUAAAAACCCUAGACGCCACCAUCUUCUUCGUUAUCUUCUCACAGUGUGGCUCCGUCUCUACCAAAUCUCGGAUUGCUCUCGCGGUGGACUCGAUUCACUACUGCUCGAAGCUCAUCCCUAAGGCACUGUCACGAAAUGGCAUCUGAGAAGAAAAGCUCCGUGAGGAGAGAUCGUCUACUCGAGAUCGAGGUCGCCGUACGCAAGUGGUGGGAGGACGAGGAAGUGUACAGAUCCGAAUCUCGUAAGGAUCUUCCGAAAGACGGAGAGAAGUUCUUCGCGACGUUUCCUUUCCCGUAUAUGAACGGUUACCUCCACAUCGGGCACGCCUUCUCGCUCUCCAAGGUUGAUUUCGCCUCUGCUUACCAUAGACUGAGAGGAGCUAACGUGCUGCUUCCGUUUGGGUUUCAUUGUACCGGUAUGCCGAUUAAGGCUUCUGCGGAUAAGCUUUCUCGGGAGAUUCAGAAGUUUGGGAACCCUCCUGUGUUCACUGCUGAGGAAAGCACCAAAGAGGUUAAAGAAGUUGAAGAGGAGAGUGAUAAUCCGGCUUUACCAGGGCAGUUCAAGGGGAAGAAGUCAAAGGUUGCUGCCAAGUCUGGUGGACAGGUGUAUCAGUGGGAGAUUAUGCGUAGCUUUGGGCUUACGGAUAGUGAGAUAGCGAGGUUUCAAGAUCCGUAUGAGUGGUUGUACUACUUUCCUCCGUUGGCUGUUGAAGAUUUGAGAGCGUAUGGAUUGGGUUGUGACUGGAGGAGGUCGUUCGUGACGACUGAUGUGAAUCCGUUUUUCGAUGCGUUUGUGAGGUGGCAGAUGAGGAAGCUGAAAGCUAUGGGGAAGAUUGUGAAAGACAAUAGGUACACGGUAUACUCACCUUUUGAUGGCCAGCCUUGCGCUGAUCACGACCGUGCUAGUGGUGAAGGUGUUCAGCCUCAGGAGUAUACGCUUGUUAAGAUGGAGGUAGUGAAGCCGUUUCCUGUGAAGCUGGGUCCUUUGGAAGGAAAGAACGUGUUUUUGGCUGCAGCUACUUUGAGGCCUGAGACUUUGUACGGACAAACAAACGCAUGGGUGUUGCCUGAUGGGAAGUAUGGAGCUUAUGAAAUCAAUGAAACUGAUGUCUUCGUCCUUACUGAGAGAGCUGCACGUAACCUUGCCUACCAGAACUUCUCGAAGAUCCCUCAGAAGCCUUCCUGCUUGCUUGAGUUGACCGGGCAUGAUCUAAUUGGACUCCCGUUGAGGUCUCCUCUUGGGGUUAUCGAGAUCAUCUAUACUCUGCCCAUGUUGACCAUUCUGACCAACAAAGGUACUGGCAUUGUCACCUGUGUCCCUAGUGAUUCCCCGGAUGAUUAUAUGGCUUUACAUGACUUGAAAGCAAAGCCUGCUCUUCGAGCAAAAUAUGGUGUGCAAGAUGAGUGGAUGCCCACUGAUAUUAUACCGAUUAUCAACAUUCCGGAGUUUGGGGAUAGGACUGCCGAAAAGAUCUGCUUCGAUCUGAAAAUCAAAAGUCAAAAUGAUAAGGAGAAGCUUGCAGAGGGUAAAAAGUUGGUGUACCUGAAAGGAUUCACCGAAGGAACCAUGAUUAUAGGAGAGUUCGCUGGUAGAAAGGUUCAAGAAGUGAAGCCCAUUAUCAAGACACAGCUCAUAGAGUCUGGCGAGGCAAUUCUAUACAGUGAACCCGAGAAGCCGGUGAUGUCAAGAUCUGGUGAUGAAUGUGUUGUGGCUCUUACCGAUCAGUGGUACUUAACCUACGGAGAAUCAGAAUGGCGUAGUAUGGCUGAGGAAUGCUUGUCAAAGAUGAAUCUUUACUCUGAAGAAACAAGACAUGGCUUUGAGCACACUUUGAGCUGGCUCAAUCAGUGGGCUUGCUCACGGUCUUUUGGUCUUGGAACUCGCAUUCCAUGGGAUGAACAGUUUCUUGUCGAAUCUUUAUCUGAUUCCACUCUCUACAUGGCCUAUUAUACUGUUGCCCAUAUCUUUCACGAGGGAGACAUGUAUAAAGGCAGCAAGUCAUUGGUUAGCCCUCAGCAGAUGAAUGAUGAAGUUUGGGAGUAUCUCUUCUGCGAUGGCCAGUACCCAAAAUCAUCUGAUAUUCCAUCAGAUCUUUUGAGCAAGAUGAAGCAGGAGUUUGACUACUGGUACCCGCUGGAUCUUCGAGUUUCAGGAAAGGAUCUAAUCCAGAAUCAUCUGACGUUUUUCAUCUACAACCACACUGCACUAAUGGCGUCUCGUAACUGGCCUCGUGGUAUCAGAUGCAAUGGUCACAUCAUGCUGAACUCGGAGAAAAUGUCGAAGUCAACUGGCAAUUUCAGAACGCUGAAACAGGCUAUUGAAGAGUUCUCCGCUACUGCUACAAGGUUCUCUUUGGCUGAUGCUGGUGAUGGCGUUGACGAUGCAAACUUUGUAUUUGAAACUGCAAAUGCUGCGAUUUUGCGCCUGACAAAAGAGCUAACAUGGAUGGAAGAGGUUCUGGCUGAAGAAUCCUCCUUGAGAACGGGCCCUCCAUCUACAUAUGCUGAUAAAGUGUUUGAGAAUGACAUGAACAUUGCUAUCAGGUUGACUGAAAAAGCCUACAAGGAUUGUUUGUUUAGGGAGGCACUUAAGAACGGGUUUUACGACUUGCAAGCUGCUCGAGAUGAGUACAGGCUCUCUUGCGGCAUUGGCGGCAUGAACCAUGACUUGGUACUGACCUUUAUGGAUGUGCAAACACGCCUCAUUGAGCCAAUCUGUCCUCAUUAUGCAGAAUAUGUUUGGAGGAAGCUUCUGAAGAAGGAAGGCUGUGUGGUAACAGCAGGCUGGCCAGCAUCAAGCGAGCCAGAUUUGGUUCUCAAGGGUGCUAACAAAUAUUUGCAGGAUUCUAUCGUCUUGAUGAGAAAGCUUCUGCAAAAACAGCUCUUAGGAUCCAAGAAGGCUGCGAAGAAAGCUCAAGUGACAGCAGUGGCAGAGGAGAAGCUGAAGGGCCUUGUAUAUGUGAAUGAGCAGUUCGAUGGGUGGAGAGCUCACUGCCUCAACAUUCUGCAAAGCAAAUUUGACCAACAAACCCGUAGUUUCGCCCCUGAUGCAGAGAUACUUGCAGAGCUGAGGGAGGUAUUGCAGAAGGAGGGACAAGCAGAAAACUUCAAACAAAUUCAGAAGCUUUGCAUGCCUUUCCUUAAAUUCAAGAAGGACGAGGCAAUAGCUAUUGGCGGUCAGGCUCUAAAUUUGAAGCUACCUUUUGGAGAGAUGGAAGUUCUUCAGAGUAACAUGGACUUGAUCAAGCGUCAGCUUGGUCUUGAAGAGGUUGAGAUCUAUUCUGCAAGUGACCCUAAUGAUGUUGCUAAAGCUGGUCCACAUGCUUCGCUCCUGAAGCAGAAUCCUCCAUCUCCUGGCAGUCCAACCGCUAUCUUUUUGAACAGGUAGUUCAAAAGAAAAGCGUGGGGGUAUGUUUGAACUACAAGUCAAUAGGUUGGAAGACUUGGCGUAUGCAGCUGUUUUGGUAUUUUUUACGAGUCAGAUUUUAUAUGCAACUGUGUUGACUUUACUGUGUGUUUUGGACCUUUUUGGUAUUGUGCAAAACUUUUUGUUAUUUCUUAUCAAUGACACUUGUUUCAUUUUGCGUAU